AGGGGGGCCGAACUUUUUGUACCGUGGCAGGCCAUGGCCAUGGCGCGGCCGCGGGGCCGACGGCCGCGGCGCGGCUCCCGGUGGGCCGCCGCGGCGCUGCAGGCCGCAUGCUCGCUCGCGGUGCUGCGGGCGCUGGCGGCCUCGCCGCCGCGUGAGCGUCUCGGAGCCUUUGCCGGGCGAGCAGCGCCGCGUGGCGCGGCGCCAGCCACAAGGUGCGGCGCCGUGCCGAUCCAGAAAGAGCUGGCGAUGUCGCGGGUCCACGGGGAGUUCCCGCGGGCCAUGGUGAAGAGCGCCCACAUCGACGAGGACGCGGUCGAGACUGCGUGCGCGGCCCUCGCCAACAGCGUGCUGAAGGGCAACACCUACCAGUUCGAGGCCCUCGCGGUGGUCCUGCGCUCCAUGAUGCCUCCGACCACCGGGUCGCAGCAGGUGCGCGGGCCCCCCGAGUUCGCGACCAUCGAGAAGGAGAGGCUGGUGUGGUCGGAGCAGGACUACAUGUCCGGACCCCAGGAGAACCUCAUGGCCCUGCAGGGCUACGAGGCGGAGUACGCGCGGCGCGUGGCCUACGCCAAGGAGGGCUUCAGGGACCCAAUGGUGCUGGAGGGGGCCCUGGACCUCGCCGUGGCAUACCUCAAGAACUACGCCGUGGACAAGGCGGACGCACUGUACGCCGCGAUCGAGCCGUACUGCAUGGAGCGGGGUCUGCCGUGGGACGUGAAGUGGUUGCAGGACUGCGCCACGCUGCGCUGCAAGCAGGCCAGGCAGCCCGAAGCGGCAGUUCUGCUCGAGGAGGUCGCGAAGCGGACGCCUCCGCACCCGGCGACCCUCAACAACCUCGGUACGGUCUACAACAUGAUGCGGCAGCCCGAGAAGGCCGAGGAGUACUUCAAGGCAGCCAUGGAGGUGGCAGGCCACGAGGAGCCGGUCAAGGACGACCUGUGGAACCUCGGCAUCGCCAAGAAGAACAUGAAGCGGUAUGACGAGGCGUUACCCAUGCUGCUGAAGGCGCUGGAGGGAUGGGAGCGCGAAGAGCCAGAGGACGACGUGACGCUGGCGAAGCUGCACGAUACGGUCGGAAGUUGUUACGACCUGAUGGGGCAGCCAGAGAAGGGCGUCGAGCACUUCAGCCAGGCCCGCAUCCUUUUCGGGCGGAGCAUUGGCGCCGACAGCCCCCUCUACGGCAGCUCCUGCGAGGGGCUCACGAAGUCGCUGAUCCACGCUGGCAGGUACGCUGAAGGCUUCGACCGGCUAGAGGAGACCUUCUUGAAUGUUGCGGAGAAAGACGCCAUACAUCCAACGCCCCUAUUCGAGCUGCUCGGUUACGCGCUGGAGGACCUCGUCUACCCCGGCAACCUGGACCCCGGAGAGCUCGCCCGACUGGAGGCGCCCAUCGAGCUUGCCGUCCGCAACAUGGUGCACAGAGGCCUGGACAAGGAUGGCAACGCCGGAGUGUUGUUCGAGCGCAUGGGGCAGGCCAUGCUCCGGUGCAGCGUGCACCAGCCCGCGUCGCCGCGGGAGGAACAGGAGGCUGGCGCUCGAAGGCGCGCUCUGGCGCGGCAGCUGCUCGGGCGGGCAUUGCCGCUGGUGGAGGAAUGUACGCGGAAGGGGGAGGCGGACCUGACGCACAUCUCCGAGAUGAUCAGGACUCGAGAUGGAGUUGCAGAUCCUGGAGCAGCAGGACGCGGCGUACAGGACGAAGCUCGGCGCUCCCACGGCGGGCGUGGCUGCCCUGCAGUAGGAGGUCGGCGCGGCCCAGGAUGCCAGUGCUCCGGGUGCUCGCGCCGUAUAGGAUGCGCCGCAGGCCUCCCGCCUUUGCCAGUUGGCAGCCCAGCGGUGUGAUGGUGCAGACGUGUCGGCGAGUCCGUGUCCUUGAGUGCAACGCCA